AAAAAUAAAAAAAAUGGUGAAAGAGGAACUGUACAUAACCGUGCCGAGUGUUUUCCGGUGUCCAAUUUCACUGGACGUGAUGAAAUCUCCGGUUAGCCUCUGUACUGGUGUUACCUACGACCGCUCCAGCAUCCAGCAAUGGCUCGAAUCAGGUCAUAACACGUGUCCCGCCACCAUGCAGCUUCUCCCAUCCAAGGAUUUCAUCCCUAACCUUACUCUCCAUCGUCUAAUCAAUCUCUGGAUCCAAUCUUCUACUCUCCUGCCAGGUGCUAACUCUCCGCGGCUUCUUCCGGCGACCUUUCCGGAGAUCACCCAGGUUCGAGCUAAGCUUUUGAUGGAGAAGAUCGAGAGCCAGUGCUGCGCCGAAUCAUUGUCUAAACUUUCCGAAUUCGUGAGCUAUUGUGAAGAGAACAGGAGAUUUGUGGUUAGAUUCCACGGUUUCGUUGAGGUGAUCGCCGGAGUUUUGAUAAGGAAAUGUGUAGAAAUCGAAGCUUUGGAAAUGACGGUUGGGAUAUUGGAUUUGAUUUUGAGCGAAAACGGAAUUAAAGAACGGUUAAAUAAAUUAAUUUUGAAAAGCAAUCAGGAAAGUAAUUUCUUGUCGACGAUCGUUUUCAUUCUCCAAAACGGAAGCCCCGACUCGAAGGUCAGAUCUGUCCGAGUCCUGGACUCACUAGCACUCGACUCAGAAUCCAAACGCAGAAUCUCCGACUCACAAGAUCUUCUAUCCGUCCUCCUCCAGCUCCUUCAAACAAACAACGACCAAUCACUAAACGACGCCGUUACCUCCAUUCUAACCACCGUUUCAGUAACUCGUUCCAUCAAGUCCCGCCUCAUCGAAAACGGCGUCGUCGAGAUCCUAUCGAACACGAUGACCGAAAAGUCAUUGAAGCUGUUAGCAACGCUCAGCAGUAGCAGCGAAGGCAGAUCGGCGAUCAGCUCGAACCCGAAAUGCACGGCGGCGAUCGUCGAGAAGCUGUUGAAGGUAUCGAAAACGGCGACGGAGGACGCGGUGGUGGUGCUGUGGAGAGGGUGUUGCUUGCAGAAAGAGGAGAAAGUGAAGGAAGCGGUGGUGAAAGGGAAUGGGGUGACGAAGAUUCUGGUGAUAAUGCAAAGAGAAGGGGAAGGAAGAGUGAAAAUGAUGUGCAGUGAUUUGGUUAAAGCUGUAAGAGCUGCGUGUAAAGAUUGGAGCUUGGGCAGUUAUGAAACCAAAACAACUCAUAUUAGGCCCUGUUAGUUUCUGGAAAAUAUAUUCAAAC